AACGAGGCACUGCUGCACAAGACAAUCCUGGUUGGAGACAGUGGCGUGGGGAAAACAUCACUGCUGGUCCAGUUUGACCAGGGCAAGUUCAUUCCUGGCUCCUUCUCUGCCACCGUGGGCAUUGGGUUUACGGUAAGAGCCCAGCCCUUGGUCCCUGGGCUGUGCACUCACCCUUGGGGAGCAGCUUUAUUUGGGGAAUCACAAUCUGUGCAUCUGUGGUAAGCACAAAGAAUUGGAUUCUUUGCUUUGGUGCUGCUGGAUGAGGACUUUGUUUUGGCAUUGUGCUUCUUGGCAUACUUUGGACUGCUGGGAGGGAUGAAGGAUGGAUAAAGCCCCAUAUUCCAAAUCCCUUGGUGGGGCCGUGUCUGAGUGCAGCCUUCACACACAGAAAGCUGCCUUUGGAGCUGCCCUGCUCUGCCAGGGAGAUGCCAGCCUGUGUCCUGCCCGUGUCCAGCCUGGGGCCCUGGCAAAAAGUCAGGCAGAUGGUGACAGUGCCUGGGAAAAGCACUCGGCUGCCAUCCAGAGCUAUUUGCAGAGCUGCCGUGGGGUCUCAAGUGGCUCUGAUGUGUGUGUCCCCUCUCCUGGGCAAGCUCAGCACAGGGACAGUGCUUGGGACCUGUUACCUAUGGGGAUGUGAAUACCCACAGGAAUUUUCUUUUUAGUCCAAGCCAAGGAAGCAGAAAAAUGUGGCACCAGCAGGGAUGGUCUGGGGCCAAGCAGCCCAGGGACCAGCAGCCAAGGGUGCCCCUGCUGAGGGGCUGUGGGCAGACAGAGGAGGCUCAGGCACACCACUGAUCUCUGCCAGCUUCCAGCUGCCUCGUUUCUCCCCCGGCAAAUGCCAUUGUGUGGAAGUGAUGCUCAGCCAGGUGUUUUUCCUGCCCAGCCUACUCCAUGAGCAUGGUUUUCCAUAUGCUUCCAGCCCCCUCCCCAUCUUGCUGCAGAGAAGCUCAGCCACUUCCAGGAGCUCCAAGUGCCUCCAGCUGUGGGCACUUUCCUGGCCAAAGAGCACCUAUAAACUCUAAAUCCCCCAGCUGGGUCUGAGCGCAGUUACAGGACUGGAAAUACAGGUUCUAUUUCCCGGGCUGGGGCAGGGGCCAGCAGCCCCAGAAGGUGUGGAGGUGGAUGGCAUUCCAGAGGGCAUCUCUGCCACUGGACCUCCUGUGGGCACGUGUGGCCUUUACCCAGAGAGCAGCAAGGGGCACAGCACUGGAGCCCUGCAUCCCUGAAUCCCAGCGGUGUGAGCAGGGAUGGGGCUGCCCUGAGAUUAGCCCUGAUGGGGGAGAGUGAGGUGAGUGAGAUGAGAUGAGAUGAGAUGAGAUGAGAUGAGAUGAGAUGAGAUGAGAUGAGAUGAGAUGAGAUGAUAAAAUGUUCCAGGGAAAAUGGCUCAGGAAGGGCUCAAGGCUCCUAUACAUGAAGUGAUGCCUGUAAGGCUGAAACCUUGACCAGCUGUAGUGCAUGGACUUGUAUGGGUUUUUACGGGGUGGGAUUUUGGGUAACACAACAUCCAUCUCCAGGGAUUUCUCCCACAUCCCCACGCUUGGGCUUUUCCUGAAUGAAGUACAGUAUGAGCUGGGCCCCAAAGACUGGUGUAGGACGCAGGGGGCUGCGGGGGGAGCGGGAGGCCUGGCAGACAUCCCGGGUGAGAUGGAGGUGCCGGCUCGGCAGACGGGGCAAACCCCCACCCUGGGCUGGGCUGGUGGGGUGGGACUGGGAGCUGCCAUUCCCAGUGUCCCGGUGUGGCAGGGUGGGAUUUGGUAGCACCGGGGGGGACGAGGAUGGAGACCAUCCCCACAUUCUGGGGGGGACGAGGUGCCUGCUCAUUUGCGGGGGAGCAGCUCCUCCUCUCCCCGCCCGAGUGUCCGGAGCCGCCAGCAAAGCCCGGCACCCGUGGGGCGGGCAGCUUUCCACUCUUCAGCCUCUUCCUCCUCAUCCCGUGCCCGGGCUGGGCAGGGAGGCGGCCGGGCACGGUCCCGGGGGUGGCAUCGGCCGGGGAGGAGGAGGAGGAGGAGGAAGAGGAGGAGGAGGAAGCCGGGUGGGGCCGCGGCUCCCGCAGGCACCGGGACUCGGCGGCUCCGCUCGGAGCGCACCAUGGGCGGCCCCGAUGGGGCAGCGGGGAGCGAGAGCCCGGAGGGGAACGGGGAAACCCCGAGGAGCAGCGGGGAUGCCCCGAGGAGCAGCGGGGAUACCCCGAGGAGCAGCGGGGAUGCCCCGAGGAGCAGCGGGGAAACCCCGAGGAGCAGCGGGGAUGCCCCGAGGAGCAGCGGGGAUGCCCCGAGGAGCAGCGGGGAUGCCCCGAGGAGCAGCGGGGAUCCCCCGAGGAGCAGCGGGGAUGCCCCGAGGAGCAGCGGGGAUCCCCCAAAGAGCAGCGGGGACCCCCCGGCGCUGCCCCGGGAUUCCGAACUGCCCGUCAAGGUGAUGUUGCUUGGAGACUCGGGCGUGGGCAAAACCUGCUUCUUGCUGCAGUUCAAGGACGGGGCCUUUCUCUCCGGGACGUUCAUUGCCACCGUGGGCAUAGAUUUCCGGAACAAAGUGGUGGCCGUGGAUGGUGUGAAGGUGAAGUUGCAGAUCUGGGACACAGCAGGACAGGAGCGUUUCCGCAGCGUCACCCACGCCUACUACCGGGAUGCCCAAGCCCUGCUCCUGCUCUACGAUAUCACCAGCAAGAUGUCCUUUGACAACAUCCGUGCCUGGCUGACAGAGAUCCACGAGUACGCCCAGAAGGACGUGGUCAUCAUGCUGCUGGGCAAUAAGGCUGAUGUGAGCAGCGAGAGAGCUGUGAGGACAGAGGAGGGAGCAUCACUGGCCAGGGAGUAUGGAGUGCCUUUCAUGGAGACGAGUGCCAAGACAGGCAUGAACGUGGAGCUGGCCUUCCUGGCCAUUGCCAAAUCCACCAGUACAUCGAGGCACAGAAGAAGAAAUCCAGCUGCUGUGCCUUCUCCUGAGGGUGGCCCAGAGGAGCUGGCAGGCCUGGGGGCCCAGGUGGGAAGCAGAGCGGGGCCCAAUCCUGCCCUCAAGCACCGGAGGGAACCAAGCUCUGACAAGCCAAGGUGGAUGGCACAGCACAGUGGAGCCAAGUCCAUGAGGAGUCCCUUGUCCUGGUGCUGGGAUUCAAAUCCUGCUGCCCUGCAGAGCAACGACCUGUGUGCUACCGUGGGAAUCACUAUGGUGUGGUGACUGCCAGCCUGGCCAGCAAGCCAUGGUGAUCCAUCACCUCCAGCACGUGAGCAGGGUGCAGGACACAGCCACACACCUCACGGAGACCCUUGGAGCAGCUGGAGGGGCUGUGCCAUGGAUGAGCCCCCCUGCAGCCCCUAGCCCUGUCCUCCCCUGCAGCUAUUCCUGCUCACAGUGCUGCUGUUGUCCAGCUGGAAGGGUCCAGGCCCAUGUCCCUGGUGCUGCCAGGCUCUGGCUUCCCUCCAAGGAACCUCAGCUCUGUCCCCCCGGGCUGCCCCACACCCCAGUGCCCACAAUCAGCUGGGGCUCCUCAUUUCUGCAGUUGCUGCCAAAGGCUUUUAUCCUCCUGCCACCACAAACGCAAUGAUGUCCCCAUUGUAUCCUGGCUAUGCUCGAGGGAAGGGCUGGGAUGGGGAAGGGUCCAGCCAAACCUGCUCCCUGCCCACACAGCUGGUGUGAGAAGUGAAAUUCCCCUGGGAGCAUCCCAGCAAUGCUUGGGGCACUUCUGGUACAGACAGCAAUUUGGAAAAACUUUGCUUCCCCCAUGUUGCAGCCACAGAAAUUACAGAAUUUAUUAUUUUUUUAAACAAGAAAAGGCUUUUCCAUUUCAAUGCCUCCAGACUGAACCAUCUCCAGCCUCAUGCAGGAGAUGCUCAUGGUGGCAUUACCUGGGGUGAUGCUUCAGCCCUGCUGCCUCGCAGGCCAGGCUGGCUUUCUCUCCCAUCACUGUCCAUGUAACACAGCUCUGCCUUCCUGCUAGUGGCAAAUAGCAGCUGGAACCCACUUUCUGGAGCCCAGAUGCCCGAGAGCCCUCAGCCAGCAAACACUGCUCCGUUGGGCACUGGUGGGGCUCAGGGACAUCCCUGGUGCUCAGCCCAGCUUUGCUGCUCCCUCAAGCACACUGUCCAUUCCCCUGAGCACUACCCAGAGCAGGCAGAUGGUGAAUAUUUAGUUAUGUAGCUGAAGCACUGAUGCAGAGAGCAGCUGUGCAGGGUAUGGCACUGCUCGUAGGGACUGUCCAGCACAUCUGUCCCCAUCUGCACCUUCCCUGGCCCUGCACCUGACUGCUCACAUCUCGCCUGCCCCGGUGCCUCCUUCACCUCUGCUCUGCCCCUGGGUCUCUCUUUGCAAGUUUACAGAUUAAAGCUGGGCAUUUUUUGAGGCUUUGCA